CAGCCAAACCGGGUCUCUUUAAUAAAAUGAAGGAAUAAGAGAAUAUUCCUCCGAAUAUGCUCCUCCUCCCUCCUAUAAAAGGAGGGGUGCCCCCAAUGUGAAGAGGAGGCCAAGUUCUAUACUCUCCCCUGCCCACUUAGUUUCUCUCUCUAGAAAAUCCUUGUAUAUUUUUCCUUCUUCUUCAAGAGCUUCUAGCUCCACCAUUAAUGGCUUCCGAGCCGAACUCUUGUACCGUGUACACACCCCCGAUAUUAAUAAAAAUCCCCCGUUGGCAAGGUAUCGUCAAAAAAGGCUAGUGGUUUUCUCCCGAUUUGGGUUUCCACGUCAAAAUCCUCGUGUUUAUAGUUUGGUGUAUUUUUUAGACUAGUUUACCGUUUUUGCCGGGCUAAAACGAUAUACCGGUCGAUAAUUUACACCAUCAUUUUGGCGCCACCCGUGGGACCCGAACAAAAUGUUGUGUUUUUUGUUCGGCCAAUUUUUUCUCUUACCACACGAAGUGAGCAAAAAUAAAAAAUAAGAGGGAGAGAGCCAUCUGUACAAAAAAAAGAGAGGAAGAGAGAUGCUGGGGAAGGAACAAAAAAGAUAAGGGAAGAAAAGGGGAAAAAAUUGGGGGCUUUCCUUCAAAAAUCCAAAAUGGCAAAGAGAAGCCGCCGCCCCACAAGGAGAAGCCGCCGCCGACAACGAGAAGCCGCCGCUGCACGAUCUUGUUAAAUUGCCGACCUCCACCAAUUCGGCCAGCCGUAUCACCAAAAUCGCCGGCCUCCACCCUUUGGCUCUGCCGUCACCAUUGACGUUGCAUGAAGCUACUGCUGAAAUUGCAAGGCCGCCAAGAUCGUCUUCAUCACUAAAGCACUCACUGCCGUCGCCCUUGAUCGCAGCCCAAUUUCCAGAGACGAUUUGCAUACUCCGUUAAAAAAAUGGAGGAAAUAAUGGAAGGAAGGAAUGAUCGGGGAUCACCCCUGUCCGAGAAGUCGCGCACUAGCCGAGAUAAGCGCCAUCUUCAAUUCCGUCCGUCGCCACAGCGAUGUGAUCCGCCUCUGGAGGACUUCGUCCAGACUUGCCAUCGCUGCUCAAACCCGCCGCAAUCACCACCACAAUCAACACCAAGACACCGCUGAGGUGAUGCCGGAGCAGAAAAAGAGCUGUACCGGCCCAAUAGAUGGAUUUCCGGCAGUGGAUCCGAUCCACCCUCACCUGAAAUCAGCUUUAUUAUGGGAAGAGAUUACUCGUCAUUUUUACUAAAAUCUGUCAUCGGCUCUAGGCGAAUAUCCAUGCGCCCAUACUCUCAUUGAGGUCCGCCGCUGGUGCCGCCGCCGUUGCUGAAGCCAACCGCUCCUACACCGAUGCACCGUUGAAGACAACAUCACCAUUGCUUCUCACUUAAGCCAGCGACUCCACAGCUUUCAGGAAUCGAGGUUCUAGAACUUUCAAGCGUUUCAAAGAUGUCGCCCACUCUUUGUGCUGAGAUGUUCUCGCCGCUGCUCAAUUUCGCAACCGUUGUUGUCGAGAUCGGCCGGGAGAAUUGUAGGUCAUCUCCGGAUUAACUACCAUUGGUGGCCCCAAAUUAUUGCAAGGAGAGCCAUUAGUUCAUUAUCAAGAUUAUCUAUCAUUGUCAAAGACAACAGCAAAGUGUGGAUUCACUCAUGGUCAUGGGGAAAAAUCCAAGUGCUUACAAAUAAAGUUUAUACGGAGUAUAUUCAAGGGUGUUAAAGUGAAUGCAUGUACCAAAAAGAGGACAAAGUGGCGACGUGGGGAAAUAAUGCAAGAUUGAGGAUGGUGGGGCCUGUUGAUUCCAUUAACUUUUGAAAUACACCAAUUGAGAAACACUCACUACAGUGUUCACGUGCUAUCAGGCUCCACAAUUGAACUAUGACAUAUUCUCAAACAAAUUGCCCAGUUGAAUACACCGAUCAUGUAUCGGUCUGCGACAUCUUCGGAGGGAAGACUGAGACACAAGCCGAGCUUGGUACGCUGGUUACUACACCGGUCUUGCUCAGUAUUAAAAAAAAGGAAGACUGAGACACAGGCCCGGCCUGGCACGCUGGUUACUACACCGGUCUUGCUCAGUAUAAUAAAAAAUAUUAAAAUAUGUGACACAGGCCCGGCCUGGCACGCUGGUAAAUAUCAUUCUUGUGCGCGAGACAGGCCAAGAAUGAUAUACACACCGGUCUUGCACAUAUUUUCUCGUAAGUCUGACCCUAAUCGAAUUGGGUACACCGGUGGCUCAGCUGAGCCCUUAUCGGGGACGCCCGAUUCUUCAGGCCCUUUGAACAAUGCACUCCGGAAGUGGUCUCUGCAUGACAUGAAGAUAUUUGCAUCAAUUAGCCGGACUAACAUCGAUCUUCGACAAAGUUGCUGCAACAUACUUAAUUCGUAUUAAGUAACAUCGAUUACUUCGAUAUACUAAUUUCACUAUGUGUCUUUUACUUAAUCCGUACUAACUUCGGUCUCGACGAAAUAACUAUUUGAAGCACCGCCGCUUCAUCGUACUAACUCCGGUGUCGUAUAACUACUCGAAGCAUCGUUGCUUUAUCGAACUGACAUCGCUCUUGUGACGAUAAUUAUUCACGCGAAUUUUAACCACCCUAACACCGAGCUCCUCGGUAAAGAUAAUAAUUUUUUGAGCACGGCAUAGGCCGGUCAAAAAAAAUGUUGUACAUAUUAUUUUUUUGCAGGAAAAACUUCUGAUUCAAGAAAUUAAAGAAUUAAUGAAGACUCAGAGGACUAGCAAUAAUAUCAACCGGCCAAGAAUCCAAAGUACGAAGACUGAAGAUAUCACUCGGAGGACUUGUUUACUUUUUUAAGUUGAUGAUUCUCACAACUUAAAAAAGUGGAGGACUUCUUGAUGGGAAAUAAUACGUGGCUCGGCCCACAUUUCCCAAUUAUUUACGAAGGACAGCCAAACCGGGCCUGUUUAAUAAAAUGGAGGAAUAAGAGAAUAUUCCACCGAAUAUGCUCCUCCUCCCUCCUAUAAAAGGAGGGGUGCCCCCAAUGUGAAGAGGAGGCCAAGUUCUAUACUCUCCCCUGCCCACUUAGUUUCUCUCUCUAGAAAAUCCUUGUAUACUUUUCCUUCUUCUUCAAGAGCUUCUAGUUCCACCAUUAAUGGCUUCCGAGCCGAACUCUUGUACCGUGUACACACCCCCGAUAUUAAUAAAAAUCCCCUGUUGGC